UGAUGUGUAUUCUUAUCACUUUGUUUUCUAAGACGUUCUUCUUUCUUGAUCUGAUUUUUCCCACGAAGGUCAAACGAAAGAAAAAAAACUGUUCCUCAACGUAGCCAGAGAUGGCUUAUGCUUCUCUUGUCUCCCUUGAAAACACCAUAGAUCGAUUCCUGAAUCACAAUCUAUUUUCCAUAUCUGUUGAAGAAACACAACAAAUUACAUCUCUCCUCGAGUAUGUUACUCCCAUUCGAGACUUUCUUGAGGAAUUUCCAGACGAAUCCAAGAGUUUGGAAGAGCAAAUGAGGGAACUGGCAAAUGAAGCAGAAGAUACUCUAGAAUAUCUCGUGUUGGAGAAGGUUUUUUUGCCUUGUGAUGAUGAGUCUGAAUCCCGUCCAAGUAGAAACCACAAACUCGACCUGAAAAAAGUUAUCGAGCAUACUUGUUUGAAGCUGGAAAAAGUGAUGGAGGAGUUUCCUGAAGAUUUCCCAGACGAAGCGAAAGCUAACAGUUUGGAAGCCCGAAUCAGGGAUGUAGAAUAUGAAGCUGGAGAUAUCUGUGAGUUUUUCGAGUGGGAGGAAACUCACAGUCGUUUUAGAGAAAAAUGGAGAUUUUUACCACCAGAGUUUACCAAGUUCAAGUCCAAACUCCAGUUCAUACACCACUUGAACAAGACAAGAAAUGAAAUCGAUUCGAUCAUGAAGGAGGUGAUGGCCAUUAAGAGCAACAGCGAUGCAGCCGCUUCAUCAUUCACACUUGCACCAGUUGAUGAUAUAGUUGGUUUCAAUGAAGAUGAUGGUGAUGAAUCUAAAUGCCAUCGAAGUGCGAAACAUGAGCUCCAGCUGAAGAAAGUUAUCGAGGAGAUUGCUUUGCUUGCUGCAAAAGUGAAGAACAUAAAGGAUAGUUCCACUUCCAGAAGCAAAAAUAUUCAAUGUGGUGCUAAUUCUUCUGCUCAUUGUUUUUCAACAGCUGCUCCACCUAUCUACAGAAACUCCAUGGUUGGUUUUGAAGAUCAUGCGAUGAACAUCAAGGACCGGCUCGUUGGAGAAACAUCCAAGCUUCAGAUCAUACCAAUAUGUGGCAUGGGUGGCAUCGGCAAAACUACUCUUGCUAGAAACGUUUAUGACGAUCCAUUAAUUACAGGUCAUUUUGUGAUUCGUGUUUGGGUUACAAUAUCACAAGAUUAUAGUGCACAGAGAGUUCUUUCAAGCCUUCUGGAGUCCUUGAAAGAGUACAAUACAGGUAGAUUGGGACAAAGAGAUGACGAAAAAGUGUACAAAAUUUUAAUGGGUAGGAGGUAUUUAAUUGUGAUGGAUGAUAUUUGGAGAAGUGAGGUAUGGGAUAUUGUUAGGAAUGUGUUUCCUGAUAAUGUUAAUGGAAGUCGUAUCAUGCUAACCACAAGGUUGAAUAAUGUGGCUUCUUAUCCUGACCCUUCAAGCAAGUGUUACGAGUUGGGUUUAUUGAAUGCAGAUCAGAGUUGGAAUUUGCUUAAAGAGAAGGUGUUUACAAAUCAAGAUUGUCCUUCAAAUUUAGAAGAUAUUGGGAAGGAGAUUGCAAGAAGCUGCAAAGGAUUGCCCCUAGCAAUCGUGGUGAUCGCGGGGCUUCUAUCCACGGUGAGUAAGAAUCCAGCUUCGUGGCAUGAGAUUGCGGAAAAGGUGAAGUCUACAAAAACUGCAGAGCAAGAGCAGAUUGAAGAGAUACUAUCUUUGAGCUACGUCGAAUUACCUCAAUAUUUGAGGCCAUGUUUCUUGUACAUGGCUUCCUUUCCGGAAGAUCACCAGAUCCUUGCAAGGAACCUUAUUAGAUUAUGGGUAGCUGAGGGCUUUGUGAAAUAUCCAAGCAACUCUGAAAGCUUUGAAAAGGUGGGAGAAGAGUGUUUAGAUGAACUUGUUAAGAGAAAUAUUGUUUUGGUCACAAAGAGGAAGUUUGAUGGAAGAAUCAAAAGCUGCAGCCUCCAUGAUCUGAUGAGGGAGUUGUGCAUUAGAAAAGCUCAUGAAAGUAAGUUUUUCUUGAAUAUGAUGGAUAGGCAUAUUGAAAAGGAGCAUUUCAUAGAAAGCAUAGAGAAUCAUCGUCGUGUAAGUGUUGAUACUUCUUAUCUAAGUUACCUUUCAAGCAAUGGUGGCUCAACUAUCCGUUCCAUCAGAUGCUCGAAAUAUCAUUUAGUGAAACUGGACUUUCUCGAGGGUGUUAGAUUGCUGAGGGUGUUGGGUGCUGAACCAGCUGAUGUGAAAUCAUUGCCAACUCAGCUAUUUGAGCUAUUUCAUUUAAGAUACCUUGGUGUUAGAUAUAGCCAGCAUAUUCCUAGAAUCUUAUCAAACCUUCAAAAUCUGCAAACCUUAAUCAUUCGCGAAGAGCAAUCCAAGUUUGGAGUUGGAGAAGCUUGUGAAACCUUAUUGGUGCCGUGGUGCAUGCCACAGUUAAGACAUGUCUACUUUAGUGAGAAAAUUUGUUUUGAAGAUCCGAUAGAAACAACUUGUUCUCUAGAGAAUCUGCAGACAGUUUCGUAUGUUGAUAGUGCGUGUUGCAGUGAGGAGAUCCUGAAAAAGAUCCCAAACCUUCAAAAACUGAAGGUGGAUUGCUCUGCUGGUCGAGAUGUAGCCUGCUUGAACGAUCUGGUACAUCUGCAUCGACUCGAGAAUUUGGUAGUGUAUGCUGGUCGUUGGGUUAUACAUCGGCCCAACUACUACAGUUUUACUUUUCCUGAGAUGCUUAGAAAGCUGACUUUGAGGGAUUUGCAACUCACUCGUAGGGACAUGAUUGUUGUUGGUUCGUUGCCAAAUCUUCGAGUGCUUAAACUGAAAAGCUGUACUUGUGUUGGUGGAGACUGGGAAACAGGGCAAGGAGAAUUUCCAGUGUUGGAAGUUCUUCUAAUAAAACAAUCGAGGUUGGAGAAUUGGAUAACUGAAAGUAGCCAUUUCCCCAUACUCAAACACUUGAUGCUUUAUUCUUGUUAUGAUCUCACUGGAAUUCCAAAUGAUAUUGGAGAAAUCCCAACUCUUCAACUCAUUGAGAUUAAGGGUGAUGUGAAAAAGUCUCUAACAGAGUCGGCUCAACUGAUACGAGAGGAACAAGAAGAUAUGGGAAACACCACCCUUCAAGUUCUCUGCAUUGCUAAGUAGAAUGAAGGAGUUGCAUGUUCUUGCAUUCAAUGAAGACGAUAUGAUGAAGAAGACUAUGAUGAUGAUGACAAAGAUGAGUAAGAGGAUGAUGAUGUGCCUUCUUCAUGAUUCAAACCCAAAGAGGUCAGUGGAAGCAAGCUUUAUCAAAGAGACUUUAGCGAAGAGUUUGCUUAAGUAAUGUAUGUUGUGGAAUUGUUUCAAUUUGUUAAAUCCUUGUGUAAUUGAAUGUUAAUAUGGUGUGUUAUUUCGUUACCGGUAUAAGGUUCUCAUGAUUGCGUGGAAGUACCAUACUUAGGGAUGUCAAUUGGGCCAACCCACUCGGUUUCAGGCCAACCCAUUCGGUUUCGGGUUAUUUUCGGUUUGGGCUAGUCGGUUUUUUAUUUUUCGGACUAAAAUUUUUCGACCCUAACCCUAACCCACUCGGUUUCGGGCUAGCCCGUUCGGGCCCACAUAUUUACGAUUUUUUUAUAUGUAUAUUUUUUUUAUAUGGAUAAUCAUAUUAUUGUA